AUGUUCCGACCCAUGAUGCGAAGGUCCUGGAGGCCAUUGGCCACCGCCUUGAAGCCCAGUCUGGCCUCGCGAAGCUAUGCCUCCGCCGGCGGCCCUGCCUUUGAGUGGCAGGACCCCCUCAACAGCAAAGCGCUCCUGACCGAGGAAGAGUUGGCAAUCUCGGAGACGGCAGAGAGAUACUGCCAGGAGAGGAUGCUGCCCCGCGUGCUCCAGGCCUACCGUGACGAGAACUACGAUGCCGCGAUACUUUCCGAGAUGGGCGAGCUCGGCCUGCUUGGUGCCAACUUGGAGGGCUACGGGUGUGCGGGUGUCAGUACUGUGGCUUCGGGCCUGAUCACGCGAGCGGUCGAGCGUGUGGACAGCGGCUAUAGGUCUGGCAUGUCGGUGCAGUCUUCUCUGGUAAUGGGCGGCAUACAUACAUUUGGCACGGCCGAGCAGAAGGACAAGUUCCUCCCGGGAAUGGCCAAGGGCAAGCUCCUCGGCGCCUUUGGAUUGACCGAGCCCAACCACGGCAGCGACCCUGGCUCCAUGGAGACCACAGCGCGUCCACAUCCGUCCAAGAAGGGCUAUCUUUUGCUCAGUGGAGCCAAGACCUGGAUCACGAACAGUCCAAUCGCGGACGUUUUCAUGAUUUGGGCAAAACUGCAGGAAACAGGCAAGAUCAAGGGGUUCUUGGUGGAGCGCAAAGACUGCCCCCCAGGAACGCUGGAGACGCCGGCCAUCAAGAACAAGAACGGCCUCCGUGCGAGCAUCACGGGCAUGAUCCAGCUCGACGAUUGCCCCGUCCCCGAGGCGAACAUGUUCCCCGACGUGGAAGGCCUCACCGGCCCCUUCACGUGUCUGAACAGUGCACGCUAUGGUAUCGCAUUCGGCACCAUGGGCGCACUAGAGGAUUGCAUUGAACGCGCCAGGACGUACGCUCUCGAGCGAAAGCAGUUCAAGAACAACCCCAUCGCCAAGUACCAGCUGGUCCAGAAGAAGCUUGCGGACGCCGUGACCGACGCCGCGUUUGGCACGCUGGCGGCAAUCCAGGUGGGAAGGCUAAAGGACGAGGGCAAGGCCACGCCGGAGAUGAUCUCGAUGAUCAAGAGGCAGAACUGCGACCGGGCGCUGGUUCACGCGAGAACGCUGCAGGAGGUGUUUGGCGGCAACGCCGUCAGUGAUGAGUACGGCAUCGGACGCCAUGUGGCCAACCUGUUUGUCACCCAGACCUACGAGGGGCAGAGCGACAUUCACAGUCUAAUCCUAGGCCGCGCCAUCACCGGCCUUCAGGCAUUUGUAUGA